GGAGAAAUUGUUGUCUUGGCAUCCGAGGAAACGCUCGUUUGAAGACUACAGUACUGUAUGGGGAAACGGAACGGAACCGUCGUAUCCAAAUAGGCCCUUAAAUGCAUGGCUCUUUUAAUAUAUGAAGGUGAAUGGUAGUAGUAUAUUUGGUUGUUUGUUUUCGAGAUGUGCCGUGCUUUAUACGAGUUAUUUAUUACAUAGUUGCACGAUUUCGUGCCUUACAAGUUGAUUGUUCCGAUCAUCGCGACUUCGAGUACCCCGUGAGGCGCCCUGCCUGAGUGGUCGCCUCCGCGACGCUAACGCUAUCACACGAACGACUCCACGAACAAAGACAGCAAACCACAACACCACACACAUCAUUUUCCUUCCUCCUCCCUCUCCUCCACCUCCACCUCCACCUCCACUACAACCCUCCUCACUUUGGCCCGGCCCCUCAAAAAAAACACCGCCAACGAGGAGAAACAAUAUCAACAUUAAACAUGCCUCGCAGAGCGGUUAUCUCGCUACUAGUCACUGGUGUACGUUAACCCUCCAUGAGCAGGCUCUGAGGUGUAUUGACGGAGCUAACGGGACGGGAAUGUUUAGAUGCUAGUGACGGGCGUUGCGAACACUUUGUUGACAAAGUAUCAAGACAUGCAGUGUGUUCGUAACUGCGAAGACCCGGAUAUCUCCAAGCGGCGUGUUUUUGAGCAGCCAGUCAUGCAGACGUAAGCACCGUUACAUACCCGUCCAGUUGCGAGUACUGUGUGUGGAAAGACGAAAGCUGAUUGGGUAAAAUAUAGGCUACAGAUGUUUAUUGGCGAGAUGGGUACAUGUUCACGUUCUUGGGCUGAAAGCAGUUUACUGACUGUAGGUAGGCUGUUGGUUGAUCAUCGGGCUCUUUUCCAUUAAACAAUGCAUUCGCAAUCGCCAGCGCAAGAGCGCUGGGUACGAACCUGUUGGUGCGGGAGAUGAUGCUACUGCUGGACCCGCCGAUGGGACUUCUAGCCCGAGCCCUGCUAUUAAGCCGUUGGUAGCUAGUCUUGACGGGCGUAUUCCAAUUUCUGGGUUUAGGAUCUUUCUGCUUGCCAUUCCGGCUUGCUGCGAUAUUGCAGGAACUACGUAGGUGGUCUAGUGAUUUGAGAUUGGGCCUUUGACUGAAAUUCUUUAGGCUUAUGAAUGUUGGGUUACUCUUUGUUGCUGCGAGUAGUAAGUCACCGAAAACUGUUGCGCAUUAACUCUGCUAACCGGGAUAUCUUAGUCUACCAGAUGACCCGUGGCGCUCUCGUGCUUUUCGUCGGUCUCUUCAGCGUCCUCUUCCUCAAGCGUCACCUACGUGGUUACCACUGGUUCGCCCUCUUCGUUGUUGUGAUUGGUGUUGGCAUUGUUGGUCUAGCUGGUGUUCUCUGGAAGGAGGAACAGCCAGUCAAGGGUGAUCAUAUCCUGGUUACUUCUACCCCGGAUGUUCCGAUUGCUGUCAAGACAAUUAUUGGUGUUCUUCUCAUCGCAGGGGCUCAGAUAUUUACCGCUACCCAGUUUGUUGUUGAAGAGUACAUCCUCGAGCACUAUGCCUUGGAACCCUUGAAAGUUGUUGGCUGGGAAGGAAUCUUCGGAUUCCUUGUCACUGCCAUCGGGAUGGUGAUCCUCCACUACACCAUUGGGCAGACACCCAAAGGACAGUAUGGCUAUUUCGAUGCUGUCGAGGGCUUUAGAGAGAUUACGCAGUACAGGGAGGUUGCCCUCACAUCGAUCGCCAUUAUGGUCUCUAUUGGUGGAUUCAAUUACUUUGGUAUUUCUGUCACUCGUUCAAUCUCCGCCACAGCUAGAAGUAUCAUUGACACUUGUCGCACCUUGUUUAUCUGGAUGGUGUCUUUGGCGCUUCACUGGGAGAGCUUCAAGUGGCUUCAAAUUAUUGGAUUCUCCCUCUUGGUUUACGGCACUUUCUUGUUCAACGGUAUUUGAACUCCUUUGUUUAUAACACCGUUUUAUCGUCUAAUCGUUAUUUAGAACUCACUCCACCACCUUUCAUCUUUUGCCUUUCCACAAGAUACAAUAGACGAGAACUCCGAAGGGAGCAGCAAGAGAGGGAGAGGGCUAGACAAGCUUUGCUUCCCGGAGCCACUGAUUAGGCACCAUUAGGUGUCGAAGAGCAUACCAUGCUAACUGGGCGGUGGUUGCGGCGGGGCUUACUGGAGCGCUAUGAGAUCUUGUUCCCCUUUGUCUCCCCUGUUUUGUGCUAUGUUCGUUGGUUCGUUCGCUUUCUUAUGUGAUGUUCUGAAUGGGAGUGGAAUUUCAGCUGUUGGGCGCGAGGGUUUGAGAUUGACAGAUUGAUCGUUUUGAAUUGUUCUAAAUUGCUGCACGUUGCACUGGGGAGGAAGAAACCAGAAUCCGGAUGGUCUACGCACCCGUGAUAAAUCUAGACAUUACUAAACUAGAGAAUGCAUAUCCUUCACAUAUGCUAGUAGUUUGCUUAAGCCCUGUUUGGCAGGAAUGGAACCGUUCGUGACUGUUCUGUUUCAAAACAGUUGCCCCUGUAGAAACGGACCACUUCCGUUCCCUAACGGUCGACUUGACACAUUUCGGGACGGAGCAGUCGAUUUAUUCCAUAGUUGCCAAACACCAG